CAACCGUGCGCUCGGACCGCGUCACACCACGUAAAUUUUUAAUCCCCGACCGAUAUUCACCUCCGAAAUUAAUUUCGAAUUUGGAACAAAUCGAUCUUAGCUUUUUAAAUGGUGUUUUAUGUGCCAGUGUAAAGGUUUCAGCCAAAUGGUGGCCGGUGUAGUUUUUUGAAGUGUGCCAAGUAAGUUUUUGAAGUGUACGCCAGUGGAGUUUUUUGGGCGGGCGUCCUGACAUUCCUAUUUCGACGGGAAGCGACAUGGCAUGAGCGGUUGGGUGGGCGCGACAUGCGGCGCGCGCCGCUCGCGCACCCCGCCGCCGUUGCUCUCGCGCUCUCGCUUUUGCUCCGUCUCGUCAACGCCGGUUCAAUGGGACCCGGUGUGCCAGAGAAUAUAACCGUGACAUUCCUCAACCCGACCACGGUGAAGGUCUCGUGGUCAACCACGGCGGACCUCGUGGAGAAGUAUGACGUCACGUACAAGCCCUCGGACGCGAGAAUUGGAGAGAGUUCAAUGGGACCCGGUGUGCCAGAGAAUAUAACCGUGACAUUCCUCAACCCGACCACGGUGAAGGUCUCGUGGUCAACCACGGCGGACCUGGUGGAGAAGUAUGACGUCACGUACAAGCCCUCGGACGCGAGGUAA